AUGACCGAUUCUCAAACAUCGCAACCUCCCCAACCACCGCAGAACGGAUCAGAGAAACCAUCAGAAGAGACCAUCAAAACUGAGCCCGAUCUCGACGCAUCUAUCGAGCAAGACGUCGAGAUGAAUCCCGAUCCCCAAAAUACCGAUGAUGCCCCAGGCAUCGACCCCAUGGCGCCUGCGCCAACCCCCUCCAAAAAAGAAACCAGCCUGCGCGAGUUCCUCGGCAAAAUGGACGACUACGCACCCAUUAUCCCCGACGCAGUAACAGCCCACUACCUCACCCUCGCCGGACUCCCACCGCCAGGCACAGGCCCGGGCCAAACACCACUGCACCUAGCGCGCCUGCUCGCACUAGCCGCACAGAAAUUUGUCUCUGACAUCGCCGCCGACUCGUACCAAUACGCGCGUAUCCGCGCCUCCAACAGUUCCUCCGCCAACAACCCGAUCGGCAGCCUGGCCGCAGCAUCGGGGCUCAACGCUCCAGCUGGACCGCCGGUACCAGGCGAGAAAGGGAAGGCGGCGACGCAUCUGGGUAUUCAGAGGCCUGGGUUUGGUGGUGGUGGGUCUGGCGGGUCAGGCCAGGGCCGGACGGUUCUCACGAUGGAGGAUUUGGGGAUGGCGGUUGGAGAAUAUGGGGUUAGUGUCAAGCGGGGCGAGUUCUAUCGGUAA